AUGGCGUCCGACUCCUUCCAGUACCGGGCCAUCUUUGAGUACAAGCGGGAGCGUGGCGAUGACAUCAACCUCCAGACGGGCGACCUGCUCACCGUGCCCAAGGCCUCGCUGGUGGCGGCGGCGGCGGGGGGGCUGGAGUACCAGGAGGGGGGGGAGCGGAGCCCCCGAGGCUGGCUGCACGGAACCAACGAGAGGACCAAGGAGACGGGCGACUUCCCGGGGACGUUUGUGGAGUACGUGGGCGUGGUGAGAGGCGGACUUCCUGUGGCUAAGUCCUGGUCCAGGGCCGUGCCAGCGACCCCUGGUGGUCAACAGAGCGCCGCGGGCCCUCAACACCUUUCAGGAGCAGCUUCAGCUUCAGGUGUGGAGGCGGAGCUUCUGUCUGACGCCGCCCCCUUGGUCGUGUGGAGACUCGUCGAAGCCGUCGAGAAACUCGGUGUGAACAGCGAGUCCCUGUACCGAGGUCCUCCGGCCUCCGGGGGACCCGUCGAGCUGCGACAGGCUCUGGACUCAGACCCGCUCUCAGUGGACCUGGACCAGUACGAUGUGGUUUCUCUGACUGAGGCGCUCAGAGGUUUCCUGCAGGACCUGCGCGGCCCCGUGAUCCCGACCGCGGUCUACAGCGAGCUGGUCUACACCGCUCAAGAGAGUGUGAGCGUGGAGGAGUGCGGCGAGCGGCUGAAGAGGAUCCUGGAAUCUCCCAGCAUGCCUCAGGCCAACCAGCAGCUCCUGGUCCACCUCAGCAGACACCUGGCCCGGGUCGGCCAGCAGAACCCGGCCGGACCCCGGCUGCUGGGCCAGAGCUUCGCCCAGCUCGUCUUCAAGAACUCUGCUCUCAGUGCGGAUGUGAACCCGGAGCAUCACGUCCGGAUCCUGGAGGCUCUGAUCGCAACAGGCGGACUCAUGGAGAUCCAAACGGCCCCAGCUCUUCCUCCGAAGCCGGCGAAGCCCCAGCAGCCCUCCUCGGUCGUGGUGGGGGGGGGCGGCGGCAACACCGGCGCCAAGGAGGGAGGAGCAGGAAGCUCUCUGCAGGACGCCGAGUGGUACUGGGGAGACAUCUCCAGGGAAGAGGUGAACGACAAACUCAGAGACAUGCCCGACGGGACCUUCCUGGUGCGGGACGCUUCCACCAAGAUGCAGGGCGACUACACUCUCACACUGAGGAAAGGGGGAAACAACAAGCUGAUAAAGAUCUACCACCGCGACGGGAAGUACGGCUUCUCCGACCCCCUGACCUUCAGCUCGGUGGUGGACCUCAUCAGCCACUACAGACACGAGUCUCUGGCUCAGUACAACACCAAGCUGGACGUCAAGCUGGUGUUCCCCAUCUCCCGCUUCCAGCAGGACCAGCUGGUGAAGGAGGAUAACAUCGAUGCGGUGGGGAAGAAGCUCCAGGAAUAUCACAAUCAGUACCAGGAGAAGAGCAAAGAGUACGACCGACUGUACGAAGAAUACACCAAGACGUCGCAGGAGAUCCAGAUGAAGCGCACGGCCAUCGAAGCCUUCAACGAGACCAUCAAGAUCUUCGAGGAGCAGUGCCACACGCAGGAGCGCUACAGCAAGGACUACAUCGAGCGCUUCCGCCGCGAGGGCAACGACAAGGAGAUCGAGCGGAUCCUGAUGAACUACGAGAAGCUCAAGUCGCGGCUCGGAGAGAUCCACGACAGCAAGGUGCGGCUGGAGCAGGACCUGAAGACACAAGCCAUGGACAACCGCGAGACGGACAAGAAGAUGAACAGCCUGAAGCCCGACCUCAUACAGCUCCGCAAGAUCAGGGACCAAUAUCUAGUCUGGCUCAAUCACAAAGGAGUUCGACAGAAACGAAUUAACGACUGGCUGGGAAUCAAGAACGAGACCACUGACGAAGCGUACUUUGUGACCGAGGAGGACGAGAACCUGCCGCACUGCGAUGAGAAGAGCUGGUUCGUCGGGGACUUGAACCGAGUUCAGUCGGAGGAGCUGCUGAUCGGCAAGCCCGACGGAGCCUUCCUCAUCCGAGAGAGCAGCAAGAAGGGCUGCUACGCCUGCUCUGUCGUUGUUGAAGGCGAGGUGAAGCACUGUGUGAUCUACAGCACGCCGCGUGGCUUCGGCUUCGCGGAACCUUACAACCUGUACGGCAGCCUGAAGGAGCUGGUGCUGCACUACCACCAGACGUCGCUGGUGCAGCACAACGACUCUCUGAACAUCCGCCUGGCCUUCCCCGUCUACGCACACAUGCCCCCCGGACGCAGAUGA